ACGUCACUCUUCCUGGCUUCUCUGGCGGCAGUCAAUGGUCACGUGGACAUUCCCAAAAGUCCCAAAGCUGCUGGGCACGUCAGUCUUUGAGGGUCAACAGAUCAUGGACCGACAUGAUGGCCGUGGUUGUGUCACGGAGCAUGCACCUCUGCAGCCAGCCGUGGGAGCCUUAAGAAGAAGCUGAGAGAGCCCCCAAAAAUAAGGCAGGGCGUCUUCAUGAAAGUCGUAAGUGGGCUCGGGCGGCCAUGGACCCAUUCAGUCAGCUCAUCCUCACCAUCUCGGUGACCAGCUUCUUCACCUUCCAGUGGCUCUUCCACAAAGUCAGCCCUUGGGUGUCGGUGCGCGUCAGCCUGGGCUUCCUGGGCCUCAGUGACAAGCAGAAGGUGGAAUGGAACUCAAGGACGGUGUCAACUCUUCACGCACUGGUGGUUGGAAUCUUCUGUCUCUACAUUUUGUUCUUUGACGAUGCCGUCAAUGAAGAUCCAGUCUGGGGAGAUCCAACUUUAGUAAAGACUAAUGUUGCCAUCACAACAGGCUACCUCAUAUCUGACCUUCUGCUAAUAUUUUACUAUUGGAGGGCAAUAGGAGACAAGUUUUUUGUAGUACACCAUCUGGCAGCGUUGUAUGCUUACUACUAUGUACUGGGCCAUGGCAUGUUGCCAUAUUUUGCUAACUUCCGUCUACUCGCCGAGUUUUCUACUCCGUGUGUGAAUCAGCGCUGGUUCUUCGAGGUUCUAGGCUACCCCAAGACCUCGCGGCCCAACAUGGCGAACGGCAUGGCCAUGGCGGUCGUGUUCUUCGCUGUGCGAGUGGCCGUCAUGCCCGUCUACUACGCACGCAUGUACGCCGUGUACGGCACCGAGGCCUUCUACCUGGUGCCGUACGGCGGGCGCUUGGCAUGGAUCUGCUCCAGCAUCUGCUUGGACGUCAUGAACGUCAUGUGGAUGCACAAGAUCGGCCGCGGAUGCUACAAGGUGCUGCAGUCGGCGCGCAGGAGCAAAGCGACUCAGGAGAACGGGAAGUCCAACUAAUGCGGGGGAGGACCCUAACUUGUCCAAGGGGCACCGAUACAGGAGAGAAUGUACUUUUGAAAGUGGGCGCAGUAGCUGAAAUAUGAUGGACCAUGUGACGGACCCUCGUUAAGCCAUGCAUGUGUCCAUGGCCUAUUUCUUUUUGGAUAAGCGACUACUUGGAUGGACAAUUUGAGCCUAAACCAAAACAUUUCAUGGUUUAUUUCCACACAUACACUGGUCAAACUGACUGCUGGCUGAUGAAGAAGAAGAGGAGUAUCUCACCGAUGGUCAGUGCCAUUAAACCCUUGGAUAGAAGGUCAGCCAUAUUUUUUUACAUGACUCUACAGGGCCAAGAAGAAGAAAAAUGCAAAGAUAUCUUACAUUUCACAACUUCAUUGGAGUAUUAAUACAUGACUGCGGAUGGGGAUUUUUUUGUAGAAGCCUAAACCAAAACAUUUCAUGGUUUAUUUCCACACAUACACUGGUCAAACUGACUGCUGGUUGAUGAAAAAGAAGUGGAGUACCUCACCGAUGGCCAGUGCCAUUAAAUCCUUGGAGAGAAGGUCAGCCAUAUUUUUUUACAUGACUCUACAGGGCCAAGAAAAAGAAAAAUGCUAAGAUAACUUACAUUUCACAACUUCAUUGGAGUAUUAAUACAUGACUGUUGAUAGUUUGGUUUUUUUUUGUAGGAAAAAGCAGUACCUUUAAAAAUGCUGAAAGGGGAAACUGAAUGUCAAUGCUAGGUGUUACUAUGAGAGAUUUGAUGACAACAAACACGCACAAGUUCACUAGUGAAUUUAUUCAAGCAUCAGGAGCAGGGGUGUCCAAUAAAAUAAUUUGAGUAUUAAUAAGCUAAAACAACCAAGUGUCAUUGAAGAUAUGCCAAGAUUCUAAAACCUUUGAACCUAGGUAGCUACAUUUGAAUAAAAUUUGAACACAUUGUUAGUUCAUGCACUGAUUUUAAAACUAUUUGGGGCUAAAGAUUUCAUGUAGAUAUUUCUGAUGGAGUUUUAUUAGUGGGCGCCAGUGUACAGUGGUAGUUUGUCACUCAUGACACUUGCAUUUGAAAUCUCCCAAUGAAAUAAAUCAAUUUUAUCAGCACUAUUUUAACAUGUAACAUGGCUUUUAAAAUACAAAAGUUUUAGGCUAGAAAUAUGGUAACAAAACAGUAUAAUAAAAUGCUUUCAAACAACUUUAAUAGUUUAGGAAUUACUGUAAUAAUGUACAGCAUUUUACCUUAGAGAGUGGACGAGGGCAGUGGUUCUCAACCUUUUUUCAGUGAUGUACCCCCUGUGAACAUUUUUUUAAUUCAAGUACCCCCUAAUCAGAGCAAAGCAUUUUUGGUUGAAAAAAAGAGAUAAAGAAGUAAAAUACAGCAAUAUGUCAUCACUUUCUGAUUUAUUAAAUUGUAUAAUUUGUAGUGGUCUUUCUUGAACUAUUUGGAAAAAAAUAUAUAAAAAUAAGUAAAAUAAUUGUUGAAAAAUAAACAAGUGAUUCAAUUAUAAAUAAAGAUUUCUACACAUAGAAGUAAUCAACUUAAAGUGCCCUGUUUGGGGAUUGUAAUAGAGAUCCAUCUGGAUUCAUUAACUUAAUUGUAAACUUUUCUUUACAAAAAAAGAAAUCUUUAACAUCAAUAUUUAUGGAACAUGUCUACAAAAAUCUAGCUGUCAACACUGAAUAUUGAAUUGUUGCAUUUUUUUUAACAGUUAAAGAACUUACAUUCAUUUUUUGUUGAAGUAUUAUUCAAUAAAUAUAUUUAUAAAGGAUUUUUGAAUUGUUGCUAUUUUCAGAAUAUUUUUUUAAAAUCUCACGUCCCCCUUGGCAUACCUUUAAGUACCCCCAGGGGUACGCGUACUCCCAUUUGAGAACCACUGGACUAGGGUAUCUUCUUUGAGCUGCUUGUCCGCCAAACACACUAUCGGCAGCUUCUCCUUAUUUUCAUGGAUAAAUGUCUGCCGUUUAGAUAUUAUUUUAACAUUCUUGACUGCCGCAGCUUCUCCUUAUUUUCAUGGAUAAAUGUCUGCCGUUUAGAUAUUAUUUUAACAUUCUUGACUGCCGUUAAAAUGAUUCUGCAUAAAUGUGGUGCAGCGUAGACGUGCUACACUUACAGUCGGCAAUUAUUUCUUUAAUUCUCUGACUGAUCUUCACCGCUGUCCUUUGCACUCCAAAAUAAAAGUAAGUCAAUCUCUAGCUAUAAGCUAAUGCUAGCAAUUAAGAUCAGAAGUUGGGAUCUUGCAGGGUUCCAACUAGCGGUUGGGAGGCUCAGUCCAAAAUUUGCUCACAACCUAAAACAUAACAAACUUAAAAAUAACUAUCUGGUGCAACUGGAGUCUCUGUGCAGUUCAGUAUAUUUAAAUAAAAACAGCCUCCGUAUCAUCUUUUUUUCAUUGUAUACUACUUUUUAUAAUUCUGUAGGCCGAUUAAAAAAUAUAUGGCCUUCCGGUCUCACUAUGUUUGGACACCCCUGAUUAUGACAGGGAAAAAAAACUAACUUUUACUUAAAGGCACUUCCCUCCUGUACUGAGCUGCAUUAUUUAUUUCUAAAUUACGAUAUGGGAAAAUGAUACAGUAUUUAGUCACACGGAUGCAAACAUGAAUUUAUAUCUAUUUUUUUAUUCAUUUGUGUUGCCUUUCUUAAACAUUUUUAAUUGCACAUUUUCCUUCCCAGAUGACUGUCAGCUUAUUUUCGGCCUUUCUCUGUUUUGUCUUUACCAAAAAAAGUAGUCUUUGUUCCUUUUAACCUGUGAUAAUUUUUGCUCGGCGCAAGUUGCAUCCACAUCGUCGUGUCUAUUAUGUAGGACAGGGGCUCCCCUGAAGAGCAUUAAAAGUUACUAGCUGGUGAGUAGUAUUAUUGGAUGUACAAGGAGAAAUAUAUUAGUCCUUCUGCAUGUACGCAUGAAGAUACAAAGCAUUCUACAUUCUCAUCCCCAUAGCACAUGUACACAAUGUUUACAUGUAAAGUGUCAUAUCCAGCACAGAAAUACUUGAAAGAAUCAGCACAGUUUAUGAGAACUAUCUGGGCAGUUGCAAAUGCCAAACCCUCUUUCUGGCAUUGUAUUAUGUGUUUUUAAAUUAUUACGCUGCCCUCGGUUGGUACAUUAUGUCGGGAAGAGAAGUGGGAGCGGUUAUGUGACAUUCUGUGAAUGUGUAAGCAAAUAUUGACCAUUACAUUUUUGUUUGUUCCUUAAUAAUAAAUGACAAAUAAACUGA